GGCCUUAUCUUCAAACGUAUAUGAGAAAAUGGAACUAUAGCCUUACUUUAGGUAUAGAAACAUACACACAUAGUAUAGUAGGCAUACAGAGUUAUUUCUGGGACCUUGGAUCAACCUCCAUUUUGCCCAGACUGUUUGGAGAACUAAGGCUGAAGACAAAAGUAAGAGAAAAAAGGCAGUGGAAGCUUACAGAUUAAACCAACCCAGCCUGCCUUGUCAAAAUUACCGCAGCCAUCAUGCCUGGUGAUGAUAAACCACAACAGACCCGCCACAGGAAGAAGAACAAAAAGUCCCGCUCCAAGGGGAAGAGUCCUGGCGGGAGUCCUCACGCUCCCAUUCAAGACAUCUUAGAUGCACAAGAUGAUCUCAUAUCCUCCCAUAUUCUUCAGCCUUCUAAGAAGCUUCUGGAGGAGAGGCCCAAAGGUUCAGUCACCAAAGUGGAGGAGGAGUCGGCCAUACUGAUAUGUCUUCAGGUGCUGUUCCCCUACCUGCUGGCUGGGAUGGGGAUGGUAAUGGCUGGGAUGGUGCUGGACAAUGUACAGCAUUGGGAAGUGUUUAAAGUGAUAACCGAAGUUUUCAUCCUGGUUCCUGCUCUUGUCGGACUCAAGGGAAACCUGGAGAUGACCCUGGCUGCUCGGCUGUCCACUGCUGCCAACACAGGCCAGAUGGAUGAUCCUGACAAACAGUGGACCAUGGUGUGCAGCAACCUGGCUCUCAUUCAGGUUCAGGCCACGGUGGUGGGAUUCCUGGCAGCCGUGGCAGCCAUUUGUUUAGGUGCAAUCUCCAGGGGAGGGGUUGAACUGGACCAGGCAGCUGUCCUGUGUGCAAGCAGCAUUACCACCGCCUUCGUAGCUGCUCUCUCAUUGGGCUUGGUGAUGAUCGGAGUUAUCAUCGGCUCCAGGAAAGUGGGAAUCAACCCAGACAACGUGGCCACACCCAUUGCUGCCAGCCUGGGUGACCUCAUCACGCUGUCCCUGCUGGCGGGGGUCAGCAGCACGCUCUACGAGUACAGAGACAUCUGGUACCUGUCCCCCUCGGUGUGCCUGGUUUUCCUGGCUUUGAUUCCACUGUGGGUGGUGUUAGCCCGACGGAGUCCACAGAUCAGAGAGGUUCUCCGCUCAGGCUGGCAGCCUGUCAUAGUCGCCAUGUCCAUUAGCAGUUUCGGAGGCCUUAUACUGGACAGGACUGUGAGUGACCCCAACUUUGAGGGCAUGGCUGUCUUCACACCUGUUAUUAACGGAGUGGGUGGAAACCUGGUGGCCAUUCAGGCCAGCAGGAUCUCUACAUACCUGCACUUCUGGAGCAUCCCAGGUGUGCUUCCCAGUAAAAUGAGCCAGCACUGGCCCAAUCCAUGCAGCACCUUCUUCUCAUCAGGGGUAAACUCUAAGUCGGCGCGGGUUCUACUGAUGCUGGUCAUACCCGGGCAUCUCGUCUUCCUCUACGCCAUCUCUCUGCUGCAGGGAGAGGAGGCUCCUGUCACUCUACCCUUCACCAUCUGCUACCUGUGUGCUGCCCUGCUGCAGGUGGCCAUCCUUCUUUAUGUUGCCGAUCUCAUCGUCCGUUUCAUGUGGAGAAGAAGUCUGGACCCCGACAACUUCUCCAUCCCUUACCUGACAGCUCUGGGGGACCUGCUGGGCACCGGCUUCCUGGCCCUCUGCUUCCGCUGCGUCUCUCUGAUCCAGAGUUUGGGCCUGUGAAGUUUUUUUCCACUAAUCUCUGAACACUAAGAUUCUUAUAAAAGUUUUAUAGUUUCUUUACAUCUUUACCACUGAGCCAGUUCAAACCGAAUUGUUUAAAAUCCUCGUCUUUAUUUUACACUCUAGUACCUCCAUGUUGUUCUUUGCCUCAAUGCUUUGUUUGACAAAGCGUCUGUCAUCGCACUUUUAUAAACAAAUAGACCUCCUGCUAUAAAUAUUUCAGUUUGGUUUCCUCUGUUUGCCGGAGGAACAUCAAGUGAGUCACUACAGUGAGCAGCUGGUGCAUUUUUGGACUUUGAAGUUGGCUGCUCAGAAAAGCAACUACUUUGAUUGAUUAUCUCUACAUGCAUCGCAUUUAAACCAUAUCUACAGGAGGACAUACAGACCUAUCAGUGAGAGUAGGAAGUUUUUAAUCUCACUGGUGCACAUCUAAUUACUGGAACAGUAGGUAAAGUAGAUAGGAGAUGUUUGUUAAAGGUUCUAAUCUCCUUUCCUUACAAAUCCGACUUUAUUCACUAACAAUCAUCAAAACGAUCAAAUCAAAUUGUAUCACAUGAUAAAAGAGACAAAUAGAAGAACCAGCUGUUGACCUUAAAUGUUUUUUUCAUCCUGAGCGGCGACCAGUCGUUCAGAGAUUUUAAAACCGAAUCUGUUUUUAAUCGAGGAACACAAGUUUUUAUUAUGAAGAAUAAAAACUGUAGUAGGAAGCCUAUCAAAGCCGACGGCCGAUUUGUCGUUUUUCUUCCUUCCGAUUCCAGCAGCAAUUGCAGCUCACAUCCUGAUCAGGAUUUGGUUUUGAUUUUUUUUUUUUAUGCAACCCUCCAUGAAUUUUUUUAAUGCUUUGUUUCCUUACCUGCAGUAGACAGAUGUCAUAUCACAGUGAGCUUUUUGGAAAUCCUGGUGAACAGCUGAUCAGACAGAGAACGCCUGUUCUUGCUCCUCAUUGUCAUUUAAACCAAUCAAAUAUGAAAAUGCACCACUGCCUCAGCAGAUAUACUCAAUCGAGUGUUAUUGCAACAGAUUUGUAUCUUUGAUGGAGUUUUUUUUAACCAGCCAAGUCUUUUUAAAGCUUUAUCGAUUGAUCUCUUCCUGCGGUAUCGAUCUGUCAGAUCUGCUGUCCUAAAAACAGAGUAAAUUAUUCAUCGUUUGGCAGCAGCAUCAAUGAUGUUUGAAGGUGAUCUGACUGACUUCCAAUCAGCUGAUCAGUCAGACUGAUGUCUGAUUAGCUUGUUAGCAUCCAUCUCCUCAGGAGAUACCAUUUACCAUGUGCAGAAACUUUAAACAAUGUUUUACAACAUCUUUGUUUUAGAGUUAAUGUAAUUAUCAUGAUAUUAACUUCACAACACUAACUAAGAGCCAAUUUAACGCGCUUCAUUCAGGCUGCUUCAGAGAGCCGAGCUUCAGCUCUAGCUGCUCGUUUGGCAGCGAGGCAAAAUAUUUCAGCCUAAUAUUAUGACAGCAUUGCUGUUAUUUAUUUAUUCUAGGGUUUUUUGUUUUUUUAUUUAGUUUUUCUCUUGAGUGUCCUUUUUUUGCCAAUAUAGCUCUGGGAAUAGAUGUCACAGAGCUAGAUGAUAGCUAACAGCUUUGCUUUCAUAAGCAGACCAGUAGGACUGUUACCAUAAGGUUCCAGUUCAUACUCUUAUGUCAAACUUCAUUGAAAAUUAUUUAGGGAUUAAAAUAUAAUAUCAUUUUAAAUGGACACAGAGGUGGAAAGUGAGAUGAGAAAGAAAUAGGGGAUAAAAACUAAGGGGAUAAAGAUAGAGACAGGAAAGAGAGAAAAUAAAAGCAAACUGCAAAAAUAGACAAUACAGAAGAUAUACAGUAACUGCUAGAAGUCUGCUUCCUGUA